GGAGAAGGAGGAAGAAGAAGUCGUGUGUGUGUGCGUGUGUGUGUGUGUGUGUGUGUGUGUGUGCUCGGUAGUAGUGUGGCAGAAUGUUUGGAAAACUUUCCAUUUCGUUGUUUGUCCUCAUUAUUUUUUAUCAUGACCUUUCUGACGCACAGAAGAAAAAAGAGACUCUGCUGUCAGAGAAGGUAACUCAGAUGAUGGAGUGGGCCUCCAAACGUUCAGUCAUCAGGAUGAAUGGAGAUAAGUUUCGUCGCUUUGUCAAGGCUCCUCCCAGAAACUACUCUGUGUUAAUAAUGUUUACAGCACUGCAGCCACAGAGACAGUGUGGUGUCUGCAGACAAGCUGAUGAAGAAUUCCAGGUGCUGGCUAACUCCUGGCGAUAUUCCUCUGCCUUUACUAACAAAGUCUUCUUUGCAUCUGUCGAUUUUGAUGAAGGAUCAGACGUCUUUCAGAUGCUCAAUAUGAAUUCUGCUCCAACCUUCCUCCACUUCCCAUCCAAAGGGAAACCUCGCAAGUCUGACACCUAUGAGCUGCAGGUCAGAGGCUUUGCCGCUGAGCAGCUGGCGAGAUGGGUGGCAGACCGGACUGAUGUACAGAUCCGUAUCAUUCGUCCUCCCAACUACGCAGGACCUCUCCUUCUAGGCUUCCUCCUGGCAGUGAUUGGAGGCCUGGCAUAUUUACGCAGACACAAUUUGGAAUUUCUCUUUAACAAGAGUGUCUGGGCCUUCUCUGCACUGUGCUUUGUCCUAAUCAUGACUUCCGGCCAGAUGUGGAACCACAUCAGAGGACCACCUUAUGCACACAAGAACCCCAGCACCGGCCAAGUUAGUUACAUCCACGGCAGCAGUCAAGCCCAGUUUGUGGCUGAGACACACAUCGUCCUACUCUUCAAUGCUGCUGUAACCAUGGGAAUGGUGCUGCUGUGUGAGGCUGCUACCUCUGACAUGGACAUUGGGAAGAGAAAGAUUAUGUGUGUAGCAGGAAUUGGUCUGGUGAUGCUUUUCUUCAGUUGGCUGCUGUCUAUAUUCAGAGCAAAGUACCAUGGAUAUCCAUACAGCUUCCUGAUGAGUUAGAGCUGGCCGGCAUCCCUCAGCAUCACUGCAAGUAUAGACUUGAUGACAAGAAGUGCCGUCAACAAGCAGGGUGCUGUCCAUGGCAAGGAUCCAACAUUUCUCUUUUCUAAGCCAUGGUUUGUCUUAAGAUCUGAUGAGCCAAAAGUCUCUGUGUCAGCUCACUUACAUACACGCUGUGCCUUUACGAAGACUCUUUAGGCAGUUGAUUCAUCAUCAUUGUGCAGUCAAGACUGUUGUGCCAACAGGUAUUUUCUUGAUUAGAAUUUUGCAAAUCUAAAUUUGGAAUUUCUUAAAUUGUAUAGGAACAGUUUUGCCCAGCUCCCACUGGACAUACAUCUCAGUAUGUAUCUUUAUUUUUUAAACUGUUGAGACCAUAAACAGGCCCUUGUCUCAGUUCUGUUUGUUGUUUGUUUGUGUGUGGCUGAAUCUGAACCGUGAUACUAUAAUUAUGGAGAAGCAAAGUGGGAGCAGUUGUUCCAGGCAUACAAGGUGUCUGGAAGCAAGUCAUUCUGGUAAAACCUUUUACUGGUCCUGUAAUAUAAUCUAUUAUGUAUCCACUAAUUUAUAGAACAAUGAUCUGAGAAAUUAAAUAGGUCUCUAUAUAAAGCAGAAAUGGACAACAUUAUAAAUCCCCCCCCUCCUAACGUCCCCAUGGUAUUACUGUUGGCUACCGCUAACAGCUUGGCUACUGCCCAAAGCAAAAAGCAUCCUUAAUGGCUGUAGUAAUGACUAAAUGGGUUCAUUAAGUAGAUAAUGUUACUAAGUGAUGUAAGGAAGAAUGCUGGUUUUUAUUUGUCUCAAGUCCCAGUAGUAAGAGGAAUCACAUAUUAUUGGGGGAACAGACUUUGACACAACACCAGAGUGCUCUCCAUCGUGUGAAUGCCAGUCCCUUCACUUUCGUUUUACUUCAGUUUCUGUCGCUCUCCCCAUCACUUUCUUUGCCUCCUCCAUCAGUGGGAUUCAUUAAUUUUCUUUGGCAUUGUCAAGUUUUCAGUUAUUUCACAGUUACCAUGGGAUAUUGACAAUGCCUCUUUUGUUUUGGUUGGGCAAUGGCAGAUGCACUUCUUAUGUGCUGUAAUUCAGCCUUUAGUUUUAGCAGGAAUAGCAUCGUGAAAACAAGGUUUAAUGAACCACUCUAUGCGCCAGUGGUGUAAUUCCUCUACAGCCAUUACACAGUGCAAACAGUAUAAUUGCUUGAGAAUGAGAAGUCAAAGCAAAAAUGUUAGUCAGUUUAAGUAAGUAGAGGAGGUAAAAUUGGUUGGGGGUUCUACCUUACUCUGCUAGAUGAUAUAUAUCGUCAUAUCACUCGACCCUAAGCCCCACACAAGUUUUCCUACUAAAGUCUCCUUUUUAUCUUAUUGACAGAUAAGAUAACCUGUCUAAUCCUGCACCUUAGCUAAUAGAAGAAGCCAAAAAACAAACAUCCACUGGGUAAAGGUGCAUUAAUGUCAGUUUGCAGAGUAGAUAGCAUGUCAGCUGCAGCACAGUUAGUUCAGAGGCUGCCAUGGUCUUUACUAUUCAGUUUUACUUCUGACAACACACUGUCUUCCCACAGCAUGUAAACUACAGCUGAGGAUUGUUUACGUCACCUCUCGUUGCCCUGCUGGCCUCACCUUUCCAGGCGUAGGAGAAAAGAGCAUUUCUGAUAUUUCCCUGAGGCUUUUCUUUUUUUCUCCUUUUAUUAAUAAAGUUAUUAACACUUCAUUUAAUCACUUUGACAAUAUUUUUGAAUGCAGAAAAGGGUGACUAAAUGUGAUCUCACUUGGUCUUUGAUAUUAGAUUAUUGCAGCUUUAUACAACACAAGGCAUAAAUAGACAGGGUAUUUAGAUCUUUUAUGUACAGCAUGUACUGCCACUUGAUAUCACACUAGUGCACCAGCAUCUCAGAUGGAAAAAAUGCACGCUUGGUUUACUCAGUAUAGUUGGAAAAAUAAAAGCAGCAUCUGAGCACACACUACCCACAAAACUCAGAUCAAAACGUUUAACUAUGCAGUGCUGAUCAAUGUGAUCAAGACUGCCUAGUGCAUUGCCUUUUCUCCCUUUGAAUGUUUUCAGAGACACAUUUUCGCGUACUGCCUAGCUGUACAACAACAAUUAUGGCUGCAUCAAAAUGUCUUCUAUCACUCUCAGGCUUUGCAGGUGCAUUUGUGGGAAGUCUGCAGGUCUGAGGGCCAAAACUACACUUCAUCUAGUCCACAAGGCCCUAAAGCGGACUUUCUGCAGGCUUCAAGAGAGUCCACUGGGGGUGCUGUCUUUACCACUUCAGCAGACUUCACUGAUUUAAUUACCCACAUUUGCAAUUUGGAAUUAAUGUGAAGACUGGACUUCACAUUAGUGGAGCUCAUCAGUGAGCUUGUUGCAAAAAUACACAUGUAUUUGGGGGGUUGCCUUUGGAGAGCAGAGGAAACCUACCCUGGUUAUCACGUUACCAGGUGAGUGUUUCUGCAGUGGAGUUAUUGGGUCCUCCUGGAGAGUAGCGUGUGAGUGCGGAAUCAGCUCGAGCUCUCUUCGGCAUGGUAGUGCAGGUGGUUGUCUAUGACUUCAGAAGGUCUCCAAGUGUUUUCUUUUGCGCUGCUGGUGGCAAUGGACUUGCGCCAAGGAUUAUCUCUCAACAGCUGAUGACUAGUUUCUUUUCAUCCAUCCGUUCUUAAUGAACAGUUUUUAAACCAUCCCAGCAAGGCAGCAACUGAUAGGCAUAAAACUCACUGACCGCAAUGUUGUAUUAGUUUCCAUAGACCUGUAUACAUUUUGAGGCUGCAUUUUAGUGAUUUGUUUCAAUAUAUUUUUAGUAAGCAAAAAAAUACAUUUAAAUGAUCCCAGAAAGCCAGUGGAAAAUGUCUGACAGAAUGAUAGCACAUUGGCUACAAAGCUGUAUUAACUCUCAUUAAGUGUUUGUAAAUGCUGCCUGCAUUCAGGAAUCUGAAUGAAGCCUGAAUGACAAUUGUUUGAUUAAGUACAAACGUUAUACCAUUAGAUCACAACAUUUGUCGUUUACCAAUAUCAGCAUGUGCUGCAGGAUUUGGACUUGUGCGAACUGACCUCCUAAGGUGUGGCACAGGCCCGUUGCUCGGGCUGUGCGUUCCUUAACGCUUACCAUUGGCUUUGUCACUGCCAAGAGAAAAAUAUGUCCAAAGCAGUUCAGCCAUGGCCAGCUCAGUUUCUUCACUGCUGCAACAGUGUUUGCCCUGCUGUCUGUCAUGAUGCAGACCAGCUUCUUUUCAUCCAGAUGCGCUGCAGAGAGCUGCAGUUUUGUCAGAUGUGUGCAAUUCUGGGGCAUAAACACUGUUUUAAGGCAAUGUGAUUUAAGAGUCCAGUCUGUGGAGAAGUCAUAUUGACCCUUGACCACAUGUCAGUAGUGGCAGAGAAGUAGUCCACAUUUUUUAGCUUUAGAAGUUUAGCCAAAGUGUUAAAAAGUAAUCUGGGGUUGUGUUUGUUGAUGUUUUCUUUCAUGCCAUGCAAGAAAACUUUCAUUUUAGAUUUUCACCAUGCAAGAUUGCCGGUAUAUUUUCCUGCAGGCAUGCUUGAGAUCUCUUUAAAGCACGUUUUAAUAAUGUGGUGAAAUGAGUCUGGAUGAGUGGGGAGUCAUGGUCAACGCACGUGUUCUAUUCUUCAGUCAGACCUGGAUGUGAGAAAGUUCCUUUCAACAAUGCUAUGCAAGCUAACAUUAAACUCAAUGGCAAGUAUGUUUACUGUUGUGUGGCAUCAAUUUCAGCUGCUAUGGGAUGCCUCUCCCAUCAGUUGUUGUGGUCCACCUCACAAAGUAUUGAUGUAAUCAUCCAGACUGUACAUGUUUGAUAUUAUCAGAGUGCUGCUGCUGAACAGCAUAUUGGUUACUGCAGUAUGAAUUAUGCAUAAAUGCUUUUAAGCAACGGUUAUAUCAUCCCCCUAUAGGUGUUUAAUAUUCAAGUAGUCCUUGAACAAUGAAGUUGACACUCAAACUCACUUAUUUUUUACUUGAUGAAAACUUACAGGACCUGCAGCUCCACCCAUUCUGCUUCUCCAUAAACAAUGUGCCUUACACCGCUGAACCACUGAUGACAUGUAUGCCAAUGAUCUGAAUGUAAUAGUGAUUAAUUGCCAUAUGAUUUUAUUCAAGCUGAAGGCAGCUUGAACUGAAGCUAGUUAAAUUAUUCAUCAUGACUCCCACUGUGUAGAUUACAUGUUUCAGCAUUCAUAUGAAUGGCUCCUACGUGCUGGAUACACUAGUGAUGGAGUUACUUCUUCAGCCUUUUUUUUUUUUCUAAACAUCAAAUUGGAGUACAGCCUCACACUCAGGAUGUUCUACAAUCGAGCUAGAAUAUAAAUAUAUAUUGGAAUGGAUAUAUUAGAAAUGGCAAUUUGUACUAAAGAAUGUAGAAAGACAAAUAAAUAAAGCUAGUUAUCUCUAUAUCAAAUCACCUCUUCUAUAAUUACAAUACAUUAGUUAUGUCACCUGACAGUGAAUUGUUUUUCACAUGGUUUCACGUGUAACAUACCUUUCCACUUCUGGUCUGGUCUUAAAUGAGAAGGAAGAAUACAGGGGGCUCGGGGCCCUGAGUCCAUAGCAUCAGUCCAGGAUUGAUUCCUACACUUUGCUGCCCUUUUCUUUCUGUCCGGCCUUUACCGUAAUAUCUUCAGCUGUGCUAUCUUAUGAAAAACAGACAGAAAAAAACCCUAAAAACUAUAAAACCAAAAGAGAGAAUAGGUAUGAAUGACCCUAACCCCUGAGCAAGAUGCAGUUUGGAAGUUUAUAUACCUCUCAUGAUGUAUACUAACUCAUCAGACUUCAUCAGAAGCACAGAUUUUUUUCUUUUGAUUAAAACAAAGUGCUUUUAAAUGUUUGUGGUGUUCUUAUCAGUUGUACCAGCAGCAUUUGAUCUGAAGUGAUCACUUCUCACAUUAAAAUGCCUUAACUGCU